UUUUGAGACCCUUCUCGACGCAUGGCCAAUACGAUGGGCUCCCUUCAUGGGGGUAAGUACCACAGCGCGCUUAAUUGUGGCCGAUCGGCGUAGCCGUUUAGGCUCGAGGAGGCCGCCUUGGCUCAAGUGUUGGCGAGGGGGCCUUUUUUUCUCUCUCUCUCUCUCUCUCUUUCUCUUUUUUUUUAUCUCUCUCUCUCUCUCUCUCGAUCCGCCCUUCCCAGGCGGCGCGGCCUUUGGUGCCGCCGUGGGCCGGGGGCCCAAUGGGGGCGCAGACCUCGUGCGACGCGCACGACUGCUGCACCCCCACUGCCCGGCUCACGGGGCGGGGCGAGGCGGCGGGCGGCCCCGGCAGGGACGAGCCAGUGGAAUGGGACGGAAUGGGGGCGAUGGAGGCGGUCGUGGGCGCCGAAGACGUGCCGAUGCCCCUGCCCCCACCGCUGUCGAGGCCUCUCAGGGCGCCGAAGCCCCUCGAGGCGGACGGGGCGGUGCACGAGGCAGCGCCCGAGGGGGCGGGCCCCAGCGCUGCCUCCAGGCCCGCGGGGUCGGAGGAGGCCGCCGAGAGGCAGGUGCUGCGGGGGCUGCGGGAGGGGCUUAGCAGGAGCGGUUGUGCGGGCUGGACGCAUGCGGCGGUGUGUUUCGAGGGCAGAGCGGACGGCAGCGAGGAGCCGCUCCUGGUUCCGAAGGACUACAUCGUGUCGGGGAAGUCGUGCAAGACGGCCUUCCAGUUGCGCCAACCAGGGACGACGGUUUUCACUGCUGGGUCCUUGUACAUUGGCAGUGUCAUGGUGGUGAAGGUGGCAACCCGCGGCAAGAUUGUAGAGAGCAGGACCGGCAUGGAGAAAGCAGACGUGGCACCGCCCCCUGAGAUUGAGGAUGAUUUGGGUAAUGAUUUUGCAAGCCACUUCGUGCGCCUGCAUACAGACAAGAAUGGAAAGCGCAUGUUUGACCCGCCUCGGCUUCGGGUGUUGUCUGGCCAGGUGAUCAGCUUUUCGUGGCGCGCCGAAGCCAAGCCAUUACAGCUCCUGCAGACAGAUCACACGUUCAGCCCCGAAGCAAAUAUAACCAAAUCUGGAGUCCAGAUACUGGAAAUAUGCGAUCGUGGGUGCAAAGUCAAAAUCGACAGUGACGACAAGGGCGAGCGCAUUUGUUUCGUUUGCGAUGGUUACCCAGAGGAUGCCCGCAUGCAAAUCACAGUGGUGUCCGACUGCGUUGCGGGUGCUUUCCGGAUUAUAUGGCAGGUCGUCGCUUGGGUGUUUGCAGGCGUCUUGCUGGGUGUCUUUGCAACCGCGGCUGUAGACUAUAUCAAAAAUCCAGCUGCCGGAGGCAAGCCCCGCCACCGUGCCAGCGCAGCAG